ACGGAUGCACUGUGUGUGUCUCAGAGAGAGAGAGAGAUGUGGUAAUGAAGCCAUACCAUAAUAAUGUGUGUAGUGUUCAGUGCUAAAGGGAUACAGUGGCCUUCUGAGCAAACCGCCCUGUUUAACAGUUAGGACUAAAAAUGCUUCUUGGUGUUUGUUAAAGUAAAUAAUUCGGCUUUGAGUUAAAUUAGCUUAAUUUAGUUGUUUAAUCAGUAGAGACGUUGUGGCUCGCUUUCAGCAUCUUGCUAGCUAAUGCUAUGCAUCCACUGAGAGAUCCUCGGAUAUCUGCCUGACCCUGCUAUCAGCAUGACCGUGACUCAGUUUCGUCUGUUCAAGAUCUGCACAUGCAUAGCAUCCAUCCUGUCAUUCUUUAAAAGGCUCAUAUGCAGAACUGGGAGAUCACGCAAGCGAAGUGGAGAUCAGAUCACUCUCCCGACGACAGUUGAUUUUUCCUCUGUACCCAAACAGCCAGAGAUUGAGGAGUGGAGUUCCUGGGAUGAAGACGCUCCUACGAGUAUAAAGAUCGAAGGAGGGAAUGGAGCUGUUCCAUCCCAGCAGAAUCAAGUGGAGGAUGAAGAGCCAGAUUAUUUUAAAGACAUGGCUCCUACUAUCAGGAAAACACAAAAGAUUGUCUUGAAGAAAAGGGAGCCUUUGAAUUUCUCUCUCCCUGAUACAGCUACGGGUUUCUCCAGCAGACUGGCAGCCACUCAGGAUAUGGCCUUUAUCCAGCCUUCAGCAGAGCUGGGAGAUCUGGAAACCUGGCAGGAGGACACUAAUGCCUGGGAGGAUGAGUCUGAUGCUUCCUGGGAGGCCGAAGAAGUGUUAAGACAGCAGAAGCUGGCAGAGAGGGAGAGGCGUGCCAUGGAACAGCAGAGGAAGAAAAUGGAGAAAGAAGCACAGAGAAUGAUGAAGAAAGAGCAAAAGAUAGCAGUAAAGCUUUCUUAACGUUUUGAGGCAGCACUGGACAUUUAAAAAAAAAAAAAACACAACACACACGAUCCUCCACCAGUAUCUUUCAUCAUUUUUAUUCAACAUGUCAUCCCCCCCAUGUCUCUUCAGUUUUAUUGGUUUCCUGUAUUUUCCCUUUUAAUGUAUAGAAUCUGAUGUACAUUUUAUUGAAAUCAGUUGUAGUUGGAACAAUGUUAAUAAUACACAGACAGAAGACCCUGGAGCUUUAGUGUGUUUGUAUUUAUAUAUAAAAAAGAGAGUAAUGAGGACUUUUGCCUCAUUUAAAAAAAAAUUGUUUUUGCAUUAAUUAAUGCAACCCAUUUAUUAUGCUUUCAAAACAAAUUCAGUGAUUAGCAUCAUCCUUUUGCUCAUAAUUGUGAUGUGUGUGUGAGAUUGAGCCACUACAGAAAGAGGCCUUACCACAUGGCAUAUACUUUUUUUUUUUUUUUUUAAAGGGCUGACAUUUGCCUUCCAACAGAACACAUUUACCUGAGAGUAAAAUAAAAAAAAAUAAAAAAAGGAAAUCGAA